AUGGCCUCUUGGUCUACAGGGCUUUUCGAUUGCUGUGGGCAACCCGGAGGAGUCGGCCUUUGUGUUCGAGCCUCGCUUUGCCCUUGCACAGUUCUGGGGGACAUCAACGAAAGACUGGAGGGGCCUUGUGGCUUUGUUGGCGGCUGUUGUUGUGGAUGCAUUGUAGAGCCAUGUUGCCUCGCAUCUAUGUCCACUGCAGUGGCGCAGAGGGCCAGUUUUGAAGAAGGGUGUAUGAAAGCCUCUUGCUGCUCCAUCUUCUGCAGCUGCUGUUAUAUGAUGCAGGUGUACAAGGAAACAGAGCUGAAGAGUAUGAAGAAGCCCGAUCAGCAACAGAUGCGUUGA